CCCUCUAGCUGUAGUCGGAGGAUUAAUGGGGGUCUGUCGAAUUAUGCGAACAAGCUAGCUAGCUGCAGCGGUUCUGGAUCCUGGAAAGUCAUCGGGGCAGGGACCAACUGAAAAGGGGAAUAUUAUUUUUUAUUAGAGAAAUAAUACCAGCUGUUAGAGGAGUCUUGGCUUCUCCAGCAGCAGAGUCCGGGCCUUGCUGGGUGCUACAGUAGAGUCUGAGGGGGUAGCGUUAGCUACGUUCGAGGGGUAGAGAUACACGCAAAGAACUGGUUUCGACGAUUUCUACUGUACCUAGGGAGCCGAGAAACAUUAGUUGGCUAGCAGUUUACUGCAACCCAAAGGUAGCUAAAUAGCUAACUCACAGAGCUAGCUGGCGUUUAUUCGCUAGCUAGCUACUUAGCUAGCAAACGUUACCUACGGACUUUUUUCAACGCAAGGUAGAACAAACAACGGGGAGAUACCACGAUUGGUAUAGACGUGUUGCGAAUUAUGUUUGUAGACUACGUGCGCAUCGACUCUAGAUAUUGAAGACUCGAUUGAGAAGUGGACGUAACGAAAAUCGCAAGAAAUUCUGUAUCAAGGGAUCUCCUACCUGGCCUGCAAUCAUGGGCAACGCGCCCACCGCCAAGAACAAGGGCAACGAGAUGGAGAGUGUGAAGGAGUUCCUCGCCAAAGCCAAAGAAGACUUCCUGAGGAAAUGGGAGAACCCUGCACAGAACACCGCAGCCCUUGACCAGUUUGAUCGGUUGAAGACCCUGGGCACAGGCUCGUUCGGACGGGUCAUGCUGGUACGACACAAAGAAACGGGCCAGCAUUUUGCCAUGAAGAUCCUUGACAAACAGAAGGUGGUGAAGCUCAAACAGAUAGAGCACACGCUGAACGAGAAGCGCAUCCUGCAGGCUGUCAGUUUCCCCUUCCUAGUGCGGCUGGAGCACUCCUUCAAGGACAACACAAACCUGUACAUGGUCAUGGAAUACGUUCCUGGGGGCGAGAUGUUCUCUCAUUUAAGGAGAAUUGGCAGGUUCAGUGAGCCCCAUGCCCGCUUCUACGCUGCCCAGAUCGUCCUGACCUUCGAGUAUCUCCACUCACUAGACCUCAUCUACCGAGACCUUAAGCCGGAGAACCUGCUCAUAGACCAGCAAGGUUACAUACAGGUAACAGAUUUUGGGUUUGCCAAAAGGGUGAAAGGUCGGACCUGGACGUUGUGUGGCACCCCAGAGUACCUGGCCCCUGAAAUCAUCCUCAGCAAAGGUUAUAAUAAAGCUGUUGAUUGGUGGGCUUUGGGGGUGCUUAUUUAUGAGAUGGCCGCAGGUUACCCCCCAUUCUUUGCUGACCAGCCCAUUCAGAUCUACGAGAAGAUUGUCUCGGGAAAGGUGCGCUUUCCAUCGCACUUCAGUUCGGACCUGAAGGACCUGCUGCGUAAUCUGCUGCAGGUGGACCUGACCAAGCGCUUCGGCAACCUCAAGAACGGCGUCAACGACAUCAAGGGCCACAAGUGGUUCGCCACCACCGACUGGAUCGCCAUCUACCAGCGGAAGGUGGAGGCUCCUUUCAUCCCUAAGUGCAAAGGUCCUGGAGACACCAGCAACUUCGAUGACUACGAGGAGGAGGAGAUCCGGGUGUCUUUCACAGAGAAGUGUGCAAAGGAGUUUGCCGAGUUCUGAACGCACCCAGGUGCAGCAGAGGCAGAGUGGGGACAAAGAGGAAGAGAAAAAGUGGAGGGGAGGAACAGAGGAAGAGCAAAGGGUUAAGGGGGAGGGGGGGCAUAAAGGUGGAAAAAAAACGGGACUGCCGACCUGCACAUAGAAAGAGCGACAACAACAAUGUACAACCCCCCUAUCUCCUUCCUUCCCUUCCUCGGAAGGAGCAAUGAAGUGGUCCAGAUAGAGCCAGCAGUGUUGCCUUCUCCGAUUGUUUCUCACCUAUUACUUAUCCAUUUAAUGUUUUCCCCCCUCUUUCUAUCUCUUGGUCUGGUGGCAGAGAUGCAGUCCACUUUUUUUCUUCUUGUAAUCCGUCGUCAUUGUUUUUGGUUAUUUUUUUCUUUUUAAAAUCAAGGCAGAGUGACACUGUUGAGUCACUGCAGCUGGUUGCUGGCGUUGAUGUCUAUGUGGUACUGGGUUGCAGCCCUUCCCAGGGUGGGUUAUCUCUGGGGGUGCUUGUCAGUGAACAAGGGCAUCACCAUCACUGCUUGGUUAUUAGAAACCACACGUCACCCCAUCUGGACACACACACACUCAGUCUGCCCUUGCUCCUUAUCCUUCACCUGCCCAAGCAAUACAAAGUUCAGCUCUAAUGUCUCUACUGUGCCUGUCAUGAUGGCAGCUUUUUCAGUGGUCGUGCUGAAAAGUACCUCCACUGGGAUUCAGCUUGUGGCGGCAGCGAACCCUCUCUGUUCUGUCUUUUGUCUUUCUUUUUCUUGAGAAUUGAAAUCAUGAUGCCUGAUGCAUCACCACACCACACACACACACACACACACACACACACACUCAUCGAUUAUGUGUUUAUAUUGUGGCACGAUUGUUAGUAUUUUUUUUCUUUAUUUUUUUCCAGCGCUUUCUGUUCCAUCACGGUUGACCACUUAAAAAGCAAGACUAGAUUUGAGUCAUGUACCGAAAGUUGGUCUCUCAGCAGGUUUGUCAUGUAGGUCUUAAUUGUCCUAGGGACCUAUCAGUUAGCAGACCUAUGCUCAGCCUUUUGUAGGGAUAAUUAUGUCCAUCUGUGGCUCUCAUGAAUGAGGUUUUUCCCCCUUUUUUUUUGUUAAUAACCUUUAUGCGAAUAAUGUGUGUCUUCUUAAGUGUGUGUGUGUUUGUUUAGUUGUUUGGACAGAAUCUAUAAUGUGUUUUCCUUUUUUUUUUAGUAAUCACCACCAUUUUUAUGAUCACUCCUGAGCAUAGAUUCUUGUAGCACAUAAAUAUAAAUCGAUAUGAUUGACUCCACACCCUUUCAUUCACUCCUAUCGCUUUUUCUCGCCUUUAAUAGCUGUGGAAUAAAAGUUUUUUUUUGGUUGUUUUACAAAUAAACUGACAUGAUAUCUGCCAAAAUCACAAAUGUUGACGGCAUUGUUGAGAGCCUAAAUGCUAUGUAAGUAAUUUAAGUGAUGGGAGACUGUAAAGAGGGGAAAAAGUAGCAAAACGCAAAACGUUUCAGAUACAUGGUGCAUGCCAUUUUUGUAGAUAACACGUAUAAAAGGGUAAGUAACACUUUUCUUUGGUUCUUCUCGGUAUCUGUUUGGGCCAGGUUUCACAAGGUUGUGGGUAUUUUUUUUUUUUUUUUUUUUGGAGGUGGGGUGGAGGUUAUUGUGUUGUGUGUGUGUGUGUGUGUGUAUGCCUUUGUUUCUGUUGCUUCAUAAUAUUUGAAGGGAGCUUAGGGAGUGAGUGUAGAUUUGUUACUAUAUGCCAGGUUUGAGUUGUGUUUUUUUUUUUUUUUUUUUUUUUUUUAAGUUCUACUCAA